AUGUUUGAUACCUAUAAAUUAAAGAAAUGGAUCAGUUGGCCGUUGAUUCGUGCGCACUUAUGCACCGUAGCAGUUGCAGUGGGUUUUACGAGCACAUGGCGUGCGCCUCGAGAAGCAUUCCGUUACGGCGGUCUAACAUUCGCUCUGGUGUUGACACUGGCAUUCGUUGUGGUAGCUUUGCCGGUUGUUCUGCUACAGUUGGCUAUUGGACAGCUCAGCCAGCAAGAUGCCGUUGGAGUCUGGAGAGCAGUGCCGUUCUUUAAGGGUGUUGGUUAUCUCCGGUUGUUGGUUACGACUUUGAGCGCAAUAUACACGAGUGUUUAUUUAUCACUAGUCAUAACAUAUUCUUUGUACACCCUAAGCAAUAAUAUUCCCUUCCCGGAGUGUAUGGGAUUCUAUAUUACACCGGAAAUAUAUGUGAAUACCAUGAAUUCUUCAGAAUGCUUAGAUGAAACAUUUCUAGCACCUGCAAGCGAAAAACCAGAGUAUUUUUUGGCAGUGGCGCUGAUUCUUAUUGUACUAUGGAUACUGUUUCCGUUUAUAUUUUACAACCCGGUAAAAUUUAUGAAACGCAUAUUCUACGCACUCGGGCCCCUGAUAGUAUUGGUGACGUUCAUAAUUUUGAUCGCGCACGGGGAUAAAGGCAAUUUGUCAUCGUUCGCUCGGUCCAGUGACUGGAUGAACUUUCUGCGUCCUGAUAUUUGGCAUGGGGCUAUCGUUCAAGCGUUGAUAUCAAGUCAGGUCGCGGGAGGGUUCCUCAUAUCUGCUGGAGAUUCCGUUUACUCCAGCACGAACGUUCAGUGGACGGCUGUAGCUAUUGUUGGCGCCAACCUAUUAGCAUGUUGGAUAGGCAUGAUAUUCUGGUACAGUGUUACUGGUCCUGUCAAACACGCAGGAGUGCUCGCAGUUCUCGAGCAAGUAUAUCAAACAGCAGAAGACGACCAACUGAAUAAAGCGUGGACGCUACUCGUAUUUGCAUUGUUGUUUUUAUCAGGAGUUGUUUCAACGCUAGCAUUUCUUUAUCCGGUUUACGAUAGACUACGACGGCUGGGAGGUCUAAAGUGGAGAGUCACUUCGAUAGCGUGUUCAUUGCUCGGGGCGUGUUUGUCUGUGGCGACAUUGGCGGGCCGGCUACCGGCGUUGACUCUUAUUGAAGACACGGCUACACCCAUGUUGAUAAGCUUGACUACUAUUCUAGAGAUACUACCUUUUAUUUUUAUUUACGGAUGGAAACUUUUAGUGGAAGAUGUAGAAUUCCUCAUCGGUGCCGAGCUGGUGAGAUAUUGGGUUUGGGGCUGGUGUGCGGCGCCGGGAGUCAUUGCCCCGAUGUUCGUGUGGUGGCUUACUGUCAAUUCUAUGGACGUUUGGGAAUGGAACCAGCCACCUUGGUCAGCCAGUACUGCUUCAGUAAUCGCGGUUCUAGCAUUACUCAUCUUCGCUAUAGCCGCCGCAGUAUCUGUGAAAAAACAAGUGCAGUUUGACUUUUUCGGGAAACUGCAUUCCUCGUUCGUGCCAUCCAGACAGUGGGGUCCCAGAGAUCCGAUCACUCACUACUACUGGUUGGCGUGCCGCGAGGAGACGGACCGUGGCAAUGUUCCUCGAUGCCGAUACCAAAGACGACCACUAGGUCAACUCUCAACCAGACCCAGCUUCUUAGUUGUGCCUAAUACACCACUGAACAUGGAAACAAAGCAAAGAUCGAAUUCUGAUGAUUGGUUGUACACCACUAACAGGCGAAAAUAUUUAUCUCGUAUUGUCGAACGUUACGUGGGCAGCCGGAAACGGUCCAAGUCCUUGGAUUGGGAUGUUGCUGGAGCAGCAAAAAAAUAUUUAAACGUUAGCUUAGAUUCCAUUCUUAGUGUCAACAAUAAUGAUGUAGUAUUUAAGGGCGCUUCGGAAAAAGUACUCAAAUAA